AUGGCGUGGCCCUGCAUCAGUCGGCUGUGCUGCUUGGCCCGGCGCUGGAACCAGCUGGACCGCUCGGACGUAGCGGUGCCGCUGACUCUGCACGGCUACUCGGACCCCGGGAGCGAGGGGCCGGCCGCGGACUGCACCGCCUCGCGUGGGAGCCCGUCUGUCGCAGGCGCGCGGGAGCCCAGUCGCGCCGUGCCGCUCACCCAGUACCAGCGCGACUUCGGCGUGCGGACCGCGCGCGCGGGGACCCGGGAUGAGCGCGUGCCCGGGUCGGGCGGCCGCAGGGGCCAGUCUUCGGCGACCCCCGCCCGGGCGGUCUACGUACUACCCGUCGGGGACGCGGACGCAGCUGCUGUAGCGACCACGUCUUAUAGGCAGGAAUUCCAAGCUUGGACUGGAGUGAAGCCCUCAAGAUCCACAAAGGCCAGAUCGUCCAGAGUCAUCACAACACACAGCUCUGGAUGGGACCCCAACCCUGGGGCCAAGUUCCAGGUUCCAGAAGUGAGAAAAUUCACACCCAACCCCUCAGCCAUCUUUCAGACAUCGGCUCCCCGGACUCUCAAUGUGUGACCAGUGGAAACCAUGGCUGCUGGGAAAGCUGCGG